AUGAUAGCACGGGAAUGCGUUGCACUGGUAAUUCUGGCAAAUUGUGUUUUCUCAUUGCCUGUGUCUCCGAGUCACAUGGAAAACGAGGAUGUCAAGGUGAUGAAAUGCAUCGUGGAAGUGAUUGCUGACACCCUGUCUAAGCCCCACCCCAUUCCUGUCACUCAGGAGUGUCUGGAUACUCUUAGGACCGAUGAAAGGCUUGUCACAAUCCUGCGUCGUCGUAACUUCUUGAAAGAGUUACAGGAUAUCGCCAUUGAAGGAGCCAAUGAGAGAGCUCGCCAGCACCCAGAGGACUUGUCUGGUCACAUGACCAACCAAGCCAAGGACUUUGAGGGUACUGCAGAUCAGUCAAUGCUGGUGAAUGUGGAGAGACCGGGGGAGUCAACCCCCCAGGAAGAGAAAAGAGUGGCAGAAGAUGAGAGCAUGAUGGAGGGAUUGGAGAAAGAUGAAGAAUCUCAGGAAAACAACGAGAUUGACAGCAAAGAGGAGGAAGAGGAAAGAAGUGAGGAAGAUGAUAAUCCCAAAAAUCAUAUCUCGGACUCGAUGAAUCAGGAGGAAGAGGGUGACGAAGAUCCCUCAAUGAAAGGAGAGGUAGAGGCAGAGGAGGAAAAGAACGAGAAACAUUCCAGUUCGGAGGAGGAUGACAAUGAAAAUAAGGCUCCUCUGAAAGAAGACAAAGCCAGUGCUGUGGGAGAGAAUUCUGAGGCCAAGAAAUCUGCAGAGGAAGACAGUGAGGAGGAGCAGAUGGAGGAGAAGAGAACAGGUCAGGAGGAGGAGGAGGAGGAGGAGGUAGAGAAGAAAAGAGAGGUCGGUGUGAGGCACUGGAGACGUAUGAGUAAAGUGACCCAUGACUUUAGUGAGGGAGAGAGACCUUUACAGGUCAAACGCCAGCAGGAAGUACCUCAUCAUUCCAAAGAGGAGGUGGGGCAAGAUGAGGAGGUGCGGCGAAGCCCUGAAGAGCAGGAGCUGCAGUUGAUGGCACGGAGGGAACCAGAAGAGAGAAGAGAGGAGGAGGGGAGUGCUAGCAGAAAGGCAGAGGACUCUGAGAUCGAGAGUCUGGCUGCAAUCGAGUCAGAACUGGAGAACGUGGCUCAGAAACUCCACGAACUGCGACGAGGCUGA